GUGAAAGCCACAUAGCUGCCGCUACAUCGCGAGGAGACCCCGGUCAAAUAUAGUCGGAUCCCCUUCUCAUCGCCCUAUUGCCCAUCUUCGAGUUUCCCCGCAUAGAUAGUCGUGGAACUCAUCAGCAUCUAUCCCCAUGUCCGGGACACGCUCACGAAAAGGCUGCGCUACGUGCCGUGAAAGACGGCAGAAAUGCGACGAAACAAAACCAACCUGUUUAAACUGUCGGUCGCGGGGAAUCGAGUGUGGCGGUUACGCUAUCCGACUGACUGAUUUCAAUCAUUACGAGGGCUACGAUGGCCAGAUGGUUUGCAAAAUGAUUCGCGGAGAUGAAAGUGGUAAACCUCCACGUCCUGGUCGAAGAACGAAACGCCGCAAGGUUCGCACGACGCUUUUUGGGGAUGAUUCUGAUGCCCCAGUGCAGAGGACACCGCGAUUGUCAGACUGCAGUAACCUUGAAAGCUCCUCCCCUAAACCACAGUCACAAGCAAGUGAGGAGAUCAUUGGAAGCCCAGAAUCCAAUGAUCCACUGUUCUUGCUAAAAGCACCAAGGGACGCGAACUCGGCACGGACCCAUCGCGGCUCGCAGAUAACAUCAGAUAGCUCGCCACAAGCUGCCGCAGACGAUCCGCUCUUGUGGCCAGACGUGCCGCUUCCUGUUGCAAGCGAUCUGCUAUUCCCACAGCAUGAAGAUCUGUUGAUGGAUAUAUCAUGUUCGUCGAGCCUACAAGGGUUGCUGUCACCCACACUAUGGCCAGAAGACCUGGCUCCUACCAUGUCUACUAGGCCCGGACUAAGUACUAUCUUCAACGAGCCACUAGGCGCACAAAGCUCUACUUAUGAUUCAAACAUAGCAUUGAGCGUGGUUGAACCACGUAGUUCGCCCGGCGAUAAUACAAAUCACCCUUUUGGAGACCUGGUUCCUCCAGAGGUAGAUCAAUGUGUGUUAAACUCGACGCCGAGUGACCCACGCGCAUUUGAUAACUACCUUUUCAAGCAUUUCGUCGAUGUCCUAGCCCCGUCGCUUCACCCACUGAACCCGGACCGGAACCCGUACACCGUCGUAUAUGCUACAUUGGCAGGGUCUUGUCAAGUAUUGUACAACGCUAUCCUGUCCGCUUCGGCCGAUCAUUUGGUGUAUCUGGGACAGUUGCCAGUGUGGGCGACGGGACCAUAUCGCCGAGCAAUGCAAGACUCGUUUCAACGUGCUAUAGGAGCAAGCAACAUGAGCCGGUCGACUGCCGCCGCCAUGCUUCUCUGUAUCGCGGCCGAGGUCGUCGGGUCAGGUAUGGGGGUGUGGAGUACCAAGCUGGGCGGUGCGCACAAGCUUCUUGCCAGCACAAUGAGAGGCGAGGGAGUACCGUCGGAAAUGAAGUUCCUAUGGUUACAAUACACGUGGAUGUCUGUUAUCGGCCGCACUUUAUGGAUUCCUGGGCGUUCACAAAUGCCCCCGACCGAUCUCCAACCACCGGGCCAAGACCUAGAACUAGAUCUUCAACUGGCCGAAGAGCAAGAGCGCUGGUUUGGUAACAUGCCCGAUUACUCGAUGGUCAUUUUCCUCCGCACAGCCAGCAAUCUUGUACGCAAAUUGAACCAAGUCGCUUCCCAACCAAACCCUGUCCAAGCAACGCAACGGUUGCUCCCUGAUAUAGCAGAUUUGAUAAAUCAAGUCCGCGCCUGGCGCCCACAGCGCUGUUCAGCCAAUGAUCCAUAUACCACCUGCGCUGCAGAGAUUGGCGAGAUAUGGAGACAGGGUCUCCUGUGCUACAUCUAUGCCGAGCUGUGUGCCUUACCCAGGAGCGAUAUUCGGAUCCAGGAGGCCGUUGCUGCCGCUGUUCCAGCCAUUCGAAAACUAACAUGGAUGCAAUCCGUUCUCUGGCCCGUUUUUAUGAUCGGGGUGCAUGCUGUCGGGCAGGAGGAUCAGGCGGCGAUUGAGCAGGGCCUUUUGAUGAUGAAUUCGACGCUUAAGUUCAAGACUCCCCUUUCUCUGGUGGAUAUUUUUCGUCAAGUUUGGUGUGCAGCCGAAGGGUCGAGUGUGGAUUGGAAGACGAUAAUAUCCAAGUCGGGCAUGGAGUUGAAUAUUCUACUCUGAGUUGGCAACUCCAAUCCCCCGUCGCACUACAUUGGGACAGUAGGGAGUUUUGGGCUCUUCAGUCUAUCGUCAAGGAGUGUUUCCUUCUGUAGUUUGUGAUUACCCAUGCAGAAGCGUUAUUGGCUUAGAUAUAGAGAGACCUAUAAUUGAACCCCCUGACUAAAUUAAAUCACCAG